AUGCCUUCUAAAUCCCGCCGUCAACCCACCAAACCUGCCAAACCACAACCAAACCAGAAGAAGAUGACGCCUGGCCUGACCCUCGAUACCACAACACCCGCACCACCUUCACUUCUUCAACAGCCCUCAACAGCAGUAACAUCGCAUACACCAUCCCCUUUGCGCCAGCAAAGUCCGCUCGAAAGACCACCCGUCUCACCACUCACCCCAACCAAAGAAAAGGAAUCCCCGUCUGCGCAACCGCCGCGACAGACAUAUACACAUCCGACGCAGCAGCCACAGGUCGCAAUACCGCUGCCUCCGCUCGAACCCAUCGUAUUUGAAGAUAAUCCCGAUGUCAUAGCCCUGAAAUCUACGAUUGCGAUUCUCCAAAUCCAAGCACGGAAUGCGACAGCCGAUAUAAGAACGCUGAAGAAAGUAAAAGAGCGCGCGGUGCAGAAUCCAAAGGAGUUUACGGAUGCGCUUGUGAAUGGAGAAUUAGGGGGGCAGGGGCCUAGUGUGCCUAUGUACCAUGACUACGAUUCCGAGGAUUCAGAAGAUGAAAAGCCUGAGGGCGGCGAGGAGGGAAACAGGAAAUGGCCGACUUUGCCAAAGGCGCAGAAUGUAGUGAGGUGUCCGCCGAUAAACUGGACGCAGUAUGCGGUGGCCGGAGAGUCGUUAGACAAGCUCCAUAACGAUCAGGUCGCGAGACCGAAUGAGGGGAUGCCGCGGAAGACUGGCGCAAAUGGGGAGCUAGUGUUUCAAGGCGAUGGGUUGAAGAGGGCCACAGAUUUUGGAAUUGCGGCGCCGUAUAGUCCGUUGACGGAUAGGCUUGAUAAGAAGCCGAAAAAGAAAUGA